GUGCCCCCUGGCUUCUCCCACAGGGGUCGAGGGGAACAGUGCGUGGCCUGGUAGCGUCUGUGACCAAGCUUGCUCUUGUGGCUGUGUUUCAGACUGCAUGUCAGGCCCGUGUCCUUUCGGGGAGGUCCAGCUUCAGCCGUCAACAUCGGUGCUGCCCGCCGUCAACAGAACUUUCAUCUGGGACGUCAAGGCUCACAAGAGCAUUGGUCUAGAGCUGCAGUUCUCGGUCCCUCGCCUGAGGCAGGUCGGGCCGGGGGCGAGCUGCCCAGACGGAGUCACUUACAACAUCAGCGGCCGCAUCGAUGCCACCGUGGUGAGAAUCGGAACCUUCUGCAGCAACGGCACUGUGUCCCGCAUCAAAAUGCAAGAAGGGGUGAAAAUGGCGUUACACUUGCCGUGGUUCCACAAGAGAAACGUCUCUGGCUUCAGCAUCGCAAACCGGUCUUCUAUAAAACGGCUGUGCAUCAUCGAAUCCGUGUUCGAAGGUGAAGGUUCCGCCACCCUGAUGUCUGCCAACUACCCGGAUGGCUUCCCUGAGGACGAGCUCAUGACCUGGCAGUUCGUCGUUCCCCCGCACCUGCGGGCCAGCGUCUCCUUCCUUCACUUCAACGUCUCCAACUGCGAGAAGAAAGAGGAACGGGUUGAAUACUAUAUCCCGGGCUCCACCACCAACCCCGAGGUGUUCAAGCUGGGGGACAAGCAGCCCGGGAACAUGGCUGGGAACUUCAACCUGUCUCUCCAGGGCUGUGACCAAGACGCCCAAAACCCAGGGAUCCUCCGGCUGCAGUUUCAAGUUUUGGUCCAACAUCCACAGAAUGAAAGCAAUAAAAUCUACGUGGUCGACUUGAGCAACGAGCAAGCCAUGUCGCUCACCAUCGAGCCGCGGCCCGUCAAGUUCAGCCGCAAGUUUGUCCCCGGCUGCUUCGUGUGUCUGGAAUCUCGGACCUGUAGCACCAACCUCACCCUGACCUCCGGCUCCAAGCACAAGAUCUCCUUCCUUUGUGAUGACCUGACUCGCCUGUGGGCGAACGCCGAGAAGACCAUAAGCUGCAUGGACCACCGGUACUGCCCCAGGAGGCCCUACUCCCUCCAGGUGCCCAGGGACAUCCUCCAGCUGCCCGUGCAACUGCACGACUUCUCCUGGAAACUGCUGGUACCCAAGGACAGGCUCAGCCUGGCAUUGGUGCCAGCCCAGAAGCUGCAGCAACACACGCCCGAGAAGGUCUGCAACACCAGCUACAGCUACCUGGUGGCCAGCACGGUCCCCGGCCAGGACCUCUACUUCGGCUCCUUCUGCCCCGGAGGCUCCAUCCAGCAGAUCCAGGUGAAGCAGAACGUCUCCGUGACCCUCCGCACCUUCGCCCCCAGCUUCCAACAAGAGGCCUCCAGGCAGGGCCUGACCGUGUCCUUUAUCCCCUACUUCAAAGAGGAAGGCGUUUUCACGGUGACCCCAGACACAAAAAGCAAGGUCUACCUGAGGAGCCCUAACUGGGACCGGGGCCUGCCGUCGCUCACCUCAGUGUCCUGGAACAUCAGUGUGCCCAGCGGCCAGGUGGCCUGCCUGACCUUCCUCAAGGAGCGGACCGGCGUGGUCUGCCAGACGGGGCGUGCAUUCAUGAUCAUCCAGGAGCAGCGGACCAAGGCCGAGGAGAUCUUCAGCCUGGAGGACGAGGUCCUCCCCAAGCCAAGCUUCCACCACCACAGCUUCUGGGUCAACAUCUCCAACUGCAGCCCCGUGAGUGGCAAGCAGCUGGACCUGUUCUUCUGGGUGUUGCUUACCCCAAGGACUAUGGACCUGACUGUCAUCAUCACGGCGAUCGUGGGAGGUGGCGCCUUGCUGCUGUUUGCCCUCGGACUCAUCAUUUGCUUCGUGAGAAAGAAUAGGAAAAAGAAGAUAAGCAAAGGCCCCUCUGUAGGCAUCUACAACGGCAACAUCAACACCCAGAUGCCGAUGCAGCCAAAAAAGUUUCAGAAGGGACGAAAGGACAGUGACUCCCACGUGUACGCAGUCAUCGAUGACACCAUGGUAUAUGGCCAUCUGUUGCAAGAUUCCAACGGCUCCUUCCUGCAGCCAGAGGUGGACACCUACCGGCCGUUCCAGGGUCCCACGGGGGACCGCCCUCCCUCCCCGCCCCUCACAGGCUCCAGGGCCCCGACUGCAAAGCUGACCGUAGACGAGCCAUCCCCCAGCUUCCCUGCUGAGUCUGAGAGUGAACCAUAUACCUUCUCCCACCCCAACAACGGGAACACAGACAUUCCCUUGCUGGACACCCACGAGCCCACGGAGCCUGGGGAGUAACCUGGACCCAUCCCAAAGACUUUUGCUGAAAGCGGGGCACUGAGACACCCUUUAGGGGUCUCCAGCAGAAACCCUAAAGAGGAGUUUUAUGGAAGGAACGGCAGGAGGUUUUCCUGGACGCCACCAACCCCUGAUUUCCAAGCGGGCUCGUUCCGACAAUGGGACGUUGAAAGUGACGAAUGCCUACCUGGAUACAGUCGUCCCAGUCCGUAUCCUUCUGAAGCCAGGUUGGGUUGUAAACCAGCCGUAAGGAGAGGGGAGGGCUGUGAGUCACCCCGUACGAGGUUGUAAUGAGCUCUGGAUCUGGAUUUGGAACUCUUCAGGGCAACAAUACUGAUCCCUAGGAGCCCAUCCAAGGUCCCUGCUCCCCCUGGAGCCCCCUGGAUGAAAAGGACGAUGUGCCUUAUUAUUAUUAUUUAUUUGGGGGUCCUGUGUAUUUAAGAAGUCGAAGGUAUGACCACGCAGCUCUUUUCACCUGACGUAGUGACAGCUCACGCUCACUGGUCGGAUGGCUGGGCUUUGACUUCUCCCGACCACUAGAUAAACAUGUGCCUGUUCCCCGGAAGAUGGGAAUGAUUUGCGAUCUGUCCCGCCAGGAAAGGGUGCGCAUGUUUGAGGGCAUUGACACUUACCUGCUUUGACAAGAGCCUUCAUGGUUCUCUUGCUCUGCUCGUGGUCAUCCUCACUGUCCUUCAGUCCCAGAAGGAAGAGAAAUUUCCUCGAAUUGCCGUGGGUGGCUGUCCCGGCUCCAGCCGUACUUUGGUAUUUAAACAGAAAUGUAGAGAGGAUUUGCAUCCCCUAAAAGUGUUUAAUGACACAGGGGAGACUGGCCACUGGGUUCCUUUCCUAUCGCUACCGUAACCAAUUAUCUCAAACCCGGUGGCUUGAAACAACGCAAAUUUCUUAGCUUCCGGUUCUGGAGAUGAGAAGGGCAUAGAUGGGUUUCACGGGGCCAGCUAGCAUCAGGGUGUUAGCCCCUUCUGGAGGCUCUAGGGGAGAGUCGGUUGCCUUGCCUUUUCAAGCUUCUAGAGGCUGCUCACACUCCUUGCCUCCGAUGGGGCUGGGCACACCGUGGCACCCGCACUGUCACUGGCAGGGUGACCCUGAUGCCCCUCUUUCCUUCUUUCGUUUAUAAAGCCCGCCCACCCAGAUAAUCCGGGAUCAUCUCCCCGUGUCGAGCUCUUUAAUUUAAUCACACUGAAAAGUCCCCUUUUGCCGUGUGAGGUACCAUAUCCACAGGUUCCUGGGAAUUAGGCACAUCUCUGGGGAAUCAUCGUUCUGCCCAUCACACCCCCCUGCCAGUGCAGGACAGACUAUGAAAUGACCCAGCCCGCCAGUGUGCUUGGUUUGGCCUAAGAAUCUUUUUUAUUUUUUUAUUUUUUUAAGAAUUAGCCACUAACGUUUAAAAUUCUAAAACGUUUGCGUAAAAAUCCGGAUCGGGACGUGCGGCUGGCCUGGGGGGCUCACGCUGUCACCCAGCAGCCGCUGGCUGGAGCUGGUAAAGCAGGUCCAGUUUUAGGUGGGACAGCUGGUGUCCCGGUUCAACCCAGCCUCCCCCUCCCACCCCCCCACCCC